AUGACUCUCGACAAAGCAUCUCUUCAGUCCAUCCCGACGAGCUUCGCGUCUUGCUCGAUCGGCUACGACGAUUCCCACACGCUUCCACUGAAGCUCGAUGCUAUCAGCGGCGCCGGUUUUCAAGCCAUCGAACUCUCGUUCCCCGACAUCCUCGCGUUUGCCAAGAUUCAUACUGGUAAGGAGGUGAAGGAAGAUGACUAUGUCGCGUUAUCCGAAGUUGCGGCGGAGAUCGCGAAGCUGUGCGCAGAGCGCAAGCUGAAGAUCAUGAUGUUGCAACCGUUCGCGAAUUUCGAGGGAUGGCCGCUGGGAAGUAUAGAGCGGGAGGACGCAUUCAAGCGAGCAAAAGGGUGGGUGCAGAUUAUGGAGGCGGCCGGGACAGAUCUCCUUCAGAUUGGCUCCACGGACGCCGCUGGCAUCGAUACUUCGCGCGUCGUACCGGAUUUGCAAGAGCUCGCGGACUACCUCGCUCCUCGCGGCCUGAAAAUCGCGUACGAGAACUGGUGUUGGUCAACGCAUGCGCCGACGUGGCGCGACGUUUGGGACGUAGUUCGUGCCGUAGAUAGACCCAAUGUCGGGCUCUGCCUCGAUACAUUCCAGACGGUUGGUAGCGAGUGGGCGGACCCGACGGCGCCAGAUGGUCGACUCGCGUCCUUCAGUGCUGAUGCGUGGAAAAAGAGCUUGGAAGACCUCGCGAGGGAGGUGCCGAAAGAGAAGAUAUAUCUGCUGCAGAUAUCGGACGCGUACAAGCCCAAUACGCCGCUCGAGGGAAAGACCAUUGAUGGCAUGCCGCCGCGCGGGAGGUGGAGCCAUGAUUAUCGUCCGGUACCACCGGAGGGAUACCUCCCUGUUGCGGAAGUUGCAGCUGCGGUACUGAAGACGGGGUUCAGGGGAUGGUUCUCGAUGGAGGUUUUCGACUCCGGUCCGAGCGGCGAAGGAAAGCAGUAUGAGUUGAAGAACUUCGCGGACAACGCCAAGAAGAGCCACAAGUGGUUACUAGAGCAGUGUGCCGAUGCGUAG